AAUAGACUCUAUAUUUACUGUACCAUCCUUCACUGGCUCAGGCGUAUGCGAGCACUACGCUGAUUCUUCGCCGCUACCACCAUGUUCGCGGUGUUGCUUGUCGUCUUGGUUGCCCUGCUCGAUAUUGCGAGCGCCGUCACCGCCGACAAGCGCGACUGCUGGUACGAUGACUGUGAACAGCAGGUCAAGAGCUUCGAGAAGAUCAACGUGUCCCCCUCCCUGCUUGAGGCCAGCAAUCCUGCGAAAACUGGACUGCUCCCAGUAGCCUGGUCAGAUGAUGAACAGUCAUAUUAUUCUGUGAUUUCAGUGGGAAAUAUAAGUUUCCGCGUCGCACUGGACACCGGUUCCGCAGACCUAUGGAUCACCUCCUCUGCGUGCACGACGAGUGCAUGUCAUUCCGUCCCAAAAUAUCCGCUCACUUACCAAAGCCCCUCCUUCGCCUCCGUUAAUGAUAAUAAUACCGCCUUCUCGGUCAGUUUUGCUGAUGGGACGGCUGCGUCCGGGUAUGUCGCCCGGGAGAAAGUGCAACUGUCAAACUUGACGGUCCCCAAUCAGGCCUUUGGCAUGGUGUCCCAGUCAAACGUCACGAUGGGAUCCCAAAUGAGUGGCAUCUUGGGUUUAGGUUUCCCGCGACUCUCAACAAUAUCCAAUAACGUGGUCAACGCGACCCCGUUCUUCGCGAGUUUAUCUCAGCAAGGAAUUGUUAAUUACCCGUUAUUUGGUCUGAGCCUGACACGAAAUACGAGCGGCACUCUCACACUAGGUGCCAUAGACUCAUCGGUGGUAAAGGAUGUGAGCCAGAUAGAAUGGAAUGAAGUUGUGGCUUUUUCACCAUUCGGGACGGAAAGGAAUACCACCAGUUAUCUCCAGUGGGCUAUCCCGAUGGGCAACAUCCUGGUGAAUGGGUCUGCUAUCACGCCUUCACCUACCUAUCCCACUGCGUACUCGAACCAGUCACUAGCGCUGUUGGACGUGGGCACUCCUGGGAUCUAUGGUCCCUAUCAAGAUGUGUCUAGCAUAUUUUCUGCUAUCGACGGCAGCCGCCUUGUGGAUACAAAGGAUGGCGGCCAGUGGGCUCUCCCGUGCGAUGUCUCUGAGACAAUUUCAUUCGUAUUCGGAACGACGAAUUUCACGUUACAGCCUUCGGACUACCUGAUUGGCCCGACAUCUGGAAACCCGGACCUUUGCCUAGCAUGGCCGAGGGCGUCUGCGCCUAGUUCGGACGGCAUCGACUGGCAGCUGGGUUCACCGUUCUUGCGGACUGUGUAUUCGAUCUUCAGUUACGGUAUUGACGCAAAAGAGCCGCCUAUGAUCGGACUAUACCCCCGGAACAACGCCAGUGCCCCCGUCGAGUCGCCGCAGUAUAUUUCGUCCUUCAUGUCAGCCGCCUCGGCCACCGUCGCCACCACGCUCCCAAAUUACCUUCUUCCCACGCCGUCCUAUAGCACCCCCCCGUUCGCGUUCAACACGUCUAUCCCUGCAUCCAUCGGCCAGAUUGUCACGUCCGAUCUCGCGACGAGCACCUACAGCCCCAUCCUUGCCACCCCCGCCGCACUGAAUGUUACCGCCAUACCCACCGUCUCGCCGUCGCCCACACUGCUCACCCUGAUCAUCACUGAUACGUCGGGCGAGGUCCGGACGACGACAUCGACUGCGUCGACGCCGUCCGUCACGCUCGGCGUGCCAUACGGCUGGUCCGCAAGCGCAGGCUCGAGACUGCCUGUUCCUCUCUCUCGGACAUUGCUUGCGUGCUUGUCAUUGGUUGUAUUAGUGCUGAGCAGCACAUCAUAA